AUGCCUCCCAAACGUCAAGACGAAAGCCAACCGCUCAUGCCUGCCAAUAGGGUCACUAGGUCUUCUACUCGACAAGCUGCGAGCCUGGCAGCCUCAGCUUCUGCCACCACUUCUGCCACCGGCGCCGACUCCUCUCCUGCUGCACCUGCCACGCUUCAGAAUCCCACUCCCUCGACCUCGAAGCAGUCUCCGCCCAGCAAGAAGCGCAAGGCUGGGCCGCAGUCCAACAGCCCAUCCCAAGCCGCCUCCUCUAUAACCACUGCCACUGCGACGGCGAACCCAAAAGCAGCCUCGACGUCCCGUCGCUCCAAACGUCAAAAGACCUCCGACGACGCCUCAACUCCGUCCCAGACGACCGCCACUCAAACACCUGUCCCUCGCGCCAAGGCGAAGGGCAAGACCCCCGCCAGCAUGUCUAGUCCAGAUCAUGCCCCAGGCGCCUCCGAGCAUAUUGCACCCGUGUCGGGCUCCUCUAGCAGAAAGUCUAGUCGAGGCAAGAGAGCGGGCCAUCACACGAGCCAAGACUCCGCACCUGGCACGUCGACUUCAACCCGCCGAACGAAGAGGAACACGGCCAACAAUGCCGCAGACCACGAUACUGCCAUGACCGGCACCGACGACGCCGACAACAAGGAUGCUGUCCCCCCACCUCCACCACCACCUCCCGAGCACCAACCCGAGGACGAUGACAGCGAUGAGAACGAUGAGAAUGACGAGGACGAUCUCGGACGCUACGACGACGAGGAUGACGAUCCCUUUGGCGGUUUCGGUGGCCCCGGUGGCCCUGGCGGACUGUCCAGUACCCUUAGGGCCUUGACUGGCAUGAUGUCUGGGCUCUCGAGCCGCCUGAGAGAACUGCUGGCCCAACUCAGGCAGAAGGAAGAUCCCACGAUGCAGCUCAUCGCACUGCAGGAGCUCUCGGAGAUUCUGCUUGUGUCCAACGAAGACAACCUUUCUGGCCAUUUCUCUCCAGAUUCCUUCGUCAAGGAACUCGUGACGCUGAUGCAGCCCAAUGAGAUUACCGGGGAAGAGAACCCAGAGAUCAUGCUUCUUGCGUGCCGUAGCUUGGCCAAUCUGAUGGAAGCGCUACCCGCGAGUGUCGCCAACGUGGUGUACGGCGGUGCGGUGCCCGUGCUUUGUCAGAAGCUACUGGAGAUUUCCUUCAUCGACCUUGCCGAGCAGGCACUCAGCACUCUCGAGAAGAUUUCCGCCGAAUAUCCUUCAAGCAUCGUCCGAGAGGGCGGCCUAACGGCGUGUCUGUCUUACCUCGACUUCUUCGCCACAAGCACGCAACGUACAGCUGUCACCACAGCGGCGAACUGCUGUCGCAAUAUCCCCGAGGAUUCAUUCUCCGUCAUCAAGGACGUCAUGCCGACCCUGCUCAACGUGCUUAACAGCAGUGACCAGCGCGUCGUUGAGCAGGCGUCACUCUGUGUUUCGGGAAUCGUCGAGAGCUUCAAGUACCAAUCUUCAAAGCUGGAGGAACUCGUCAGUGUCGACCUCCUCAAGGUUGUUCUACGUCUAUUGGUCCCCGGCACCACGAAUCUGAUCGGUCCAUCAAUCCACACCCAGUUUCUUCGGGUACUGGCCUUCACUGCGCGUUCAAGUCCUCGUUUGUCGGCAGAGCUCUUCAAGCUGAACAUUGUCGAAACGUUGUAUCAAAUCUUGACCGGCGUGUCACCCCCGAGUGGGACCGAGGAUGUGGCCUCAAAACUUGACAGCGUUGUCAUCAUGCAGGCUCUCAUCCAUCGGCCUCGUGAACAGAUUAUCGAAACCCUCAACGUCAUAUGUGAGUUGCUUCCGAGUCUGCCUCGCAACGCGGACCCGUCUUACGGAGACUUUGUUGAAAUGUCUGCUACGGAGCCGGCACCCCCAUCUUCCAGCACGCCAGGCAAGACUCGCAAGACGCCCAACGACAAGAGAAUCGAGCUGUUGGGUGAGUGCCAGGAAGAGGUCAGGAGAUUUGCCCUGAUUCUCUUCCCCACCCUAACCGACGCCUACUCAAGCACUGUCAACCUGAGUGUGCGGCAGAAGGUGCUUACCGCCCAACUGAAGAUGCUCUCCAACCUCGAUGAGAAAAUUCUUGGAGAGUCGCUGAGGACUGUGCCUUAUGCCUCAUUCCUUGCCUCAAUUCUCUCUCAGCAGGACCACCCGUCUCUGGUGAUGCUUGGCCUCCAGGCUACUGAGCUUCUUCUUAAUCGCCUUGAUGAUGUUUACCGUUAUCAGAUGUACCGCGAGGGAGUCAUCUCCGAAAUCGCCAAGCUCGCGGCUCAGGAGAUUCCUCAGCCUGAGGCUCGUUCGGCAUCGGCUACGCGUACCCCGGAACCCGCUGAGCCUGAAGUUGAGAACGACGCUGAAGGUCGUGCCUCGGACAAUGAUGGUUCUGACGAGGAGAAGGAAGAUGCAGAGGAAGACGACCAAGACGGCUCGGAAAAUGACGAAGACGAUGAUGAAGACGAGGACGACGAGGAUAAUGAGAAUAACCGACACCAAGACGAUGGUUCUGGUUCACCUGUUAGCUCCAGAGGAUCUACCAUGUCCCUGGACGGCGCUCCUCCAACUUACCUCGGGGACGGCCAAUCGAUGCGAACUCGCAUCCGAGACGUGGCCAAGAAGUUCAUCGAGACCCAUGACACGGAGAAGCAAGGCAAGACAAUGAAAAAGAAGGCGAUCAAGGUCUUGACCAACCUCUCCAGUCUUGCUGAAGAGAUUGAGGCUUUCUACCUCCACAGAACCUCCGGCGUCGUGCCUCUCGAUAAGGGCACCGAACUGUUUGAGAGGCUGGUUUCCUACUUUGACGCAGAGGUUCUUGAAAGCGUCACAAGCGCCGAGCUACUUGCCUCUGGCCUGGUGCGCGUGCUUCUGGCCGUCUUCAGCAAUCCCAACGAGGAGCUUGCCCGCGCAGCUCAAUCGACUUUCCUUCGCGUCUUCAUGGGCUUCACGGUCAAGGCCAAACUCAAGACGGCAACGGCGGAUUCGCCUGCAACGCCUUUCAGCGUCAUGAUCCACAAGCUACAAGAUUUGCUCAGUAGGUCUGAGCAUUUCGAGGUCAUUACUGUCCACCACAACACCUUUGACCAUCGCAGCAGUGCAGCGUCCAUGCUCGCCAAGCAGAUCAGACUCAGGCUGGUCGCUGACGAUGACUCGGAGAUUCCACGUCCCUACCGAAACAUUAUGGUGUCUAUCCACGCUAUCGCGACAUUCAAAUCACUCGAUGAUUACUUGCGCCCUCGACUCAGUCUAUCGGAGCGUGGACCCCGUGCAUCACGCCGAGCCGACGGCCUCUCCAGAGCUCUUGCUGCCAUGGCAGGCGCUGGAGCUCUUCCUGGUGGUCUCUCGCCAUUCACACAGGCCGCUGCCGCUCGAUUUGCAGCUGAGCGUGCUGCGGCAGCCUCGAGCUCCGGCCCCCCACCGCCUGCUCCCGGCGCCUCGACGCCCUCGGCAACACCGUCGAGCUCGCGGGCCUCGCGCAAGACCAGAUCAAAGACUUUGCCGCAGUCUGACGCUCCCUCGACUCCUGAUCCGACUGCCGCCGCCCGGGACAAGGGCGUGCUGAGACGAUCUGCGCGCCGCUCUGGCGCAGCUGAAACGCCGCAGCCCACCAAGCCCACAGACGACGAUGACGACCUGCAGGACGCUCUCGAAUGCGCCGACGAGAAGCAACUGACCGACGAUGACGACAUUGGUGGCAGCAGUGCUCUGGAUGCUAUAGUCGGCGAGCUAGAAGAUGACAUGGACGAUUCUCCAAUGGACGACCCCGGCGCUGUCAACCUCGAAGUGGCUGCAGGCGGCAAGGUGACGGCUCGCGAAGAGGAUGGCACUCGCAUUCCCACGCCCGCUCAAACAAGCUCAGGUCUCCCAACUCGUGCCAGCGGCCAGUCAGCCCUUGCCUCGCAGCAGAGCACAACCCCAUCAGCGGCAUCACGCCUCAUGUCGUAUGCUGCAGCCAUUCAGUCCGUGCCUCAAGACUGGCACAUCGAGUUCAGCCUCGACGGCAAGGCGCUUCCCAGCGAGACAACGAUUUAUCGCGCGGUCCACAUGUCAGCCUCCAACUCGGACGAGCAUCUCAGCCGCAGCAUCUGGUCUGCGGUGCAUCCCAUCAAGUUCCGUCGCGCCCCCGGACCUCCACCGCCCGAAAGUGGUAGCACUUUCGGCGGCAGACUCGAGCCCAGCGCUGACGAGAGCACGGACGGCAUCCCUAGUUCUCUUGCCAAGCACCCGGCAACAGCGUCCAUUUUGCGUCUGCUCAACCUCCUCCACGACUUGAAUUCUAACGUGGAUGAUGUCUUGGUGGAGAACAAGGACACCGUCCGCCUCAACGUCGAGCCCCUGUCACAGUUCGUGAACACCAAACUCACCGCCAAGCUCAACCGUCAACUUGAGGAGCCGCUGGUUGUUGCAAGUAACUGCCUGCCAAGCUGGGCGGAAGACCUGGCCACCCUAUACCCAUUCCUUUUCCCAUUUGAGACGCGGCACCUGUUCUUACAGUCCACGUCAUUCGGUUACGCACGUUCUAUGACGCGCUGGCAGAAUGCACAGUCCGUUGAGGAGUCGCGGCGGGACCGUAACGAGCGCCCGUUCCUUGGCCGUCUGCAACGCCAGAAGGUGCGUAUCUCGCGAUCCAAGAUCUUGGAGUCUGCCUUGAAGGUCAUGGAGCUCUACGGUGCUUCUCAGAGCAUUCUCGAAGUGGAAUAUUUCGAAGAGGUCGGCACAGGUCUCGGACCGACACUGGAGUUCUAUUCGACGGUGUCCAAAGAGUUCUCAAAGAAGAAACUGAAGCUUUGGCGAGAGAUGGACUCGCACGACGAUGAGUAUGUUUCUGGUGUCAGCGGUCUCUUCCCUCGCCCUCUGAGUGCCGACGAAGCUGCUUCUGCCAAUGGCGAGCGGAUCUGCCAGCUUUUCAAGACUCUCGGCAAAUUCGUCGCCCGUUCCAUGAUUGACUCUCGCAUCAUCGAUCUCAACUUCAACCCCACCUUCUUCCGAAUUACUGAUGGAGCUUCGAUUUCCGGCAUCAAGCCCUCGCUAGGAGCUGUCAAGGUUGUCGAUCCUGGCCUGGCGAGAUCUCUGAAAACCAUCAAGAAAUUCUCUAUCGCUAAGAAGGAGAUCGAUGAGGACCCUACACGCACGCCGGCACAGAAGGUUGCCGACACUGAAGCUAUCGUGAUUGACGACGUGAGACUGGAGGACCUCUGCCUCGACUUUACAUUACCCGGUUACCCCGAGAUUGAGCUGGUCGCGAACGGAUCUCAUGUUAGAGUCACCAUGGACAACGUUGACUCGUACCUCGAUCGAGUUAUCGACAUGACACUGGGCAGCGGAGUCCGCCGCCAAGUCGAUGCCUUCCGUGCUGGCUUCUCUCAAGUCUUCCCCUAUUCGGCUCUGAGUGCAUUCACUCCGGAUGAGCUGGUCUCGCUGUUUGGCCGUGUCGACGAGGACUGGUCCCUUGAAACACUCAUGGAUUCGAUCAAGGCUGAUCACGGCUACAACAUGGACAGCAAGAGUGUUCGCAAUCUGCUACAGGCCAUGAGCGAGCUGACCCCCAACGAGCGUCGCGACUUCUUGCAAUUUACCACGGGCAGCCCCAAGCUUCCGAUUGGAGGUUUCAAGAGCUUGACGCCCAUGUUCACUGUCGUCUGCAAACCGAGCGAGGCACCGUUCACGUCUGAUGACUACCUUCCCAGUGUCAUGACUUGCGUAAACUACCUCAAGCUCCCGGAUUACACAGAUCUCGACAUCAUGCGCAAGCAGCUGACGAUGGCUAUCCGAGAGGGACAGGGCGCCUUCCACCUGUCUUGA